AUGAGUAAUUCAAAAUGCUUGGGUGGAUCCUCAUCUGCAGCUCCAGGGAGCCAUGGAGGAGCUCCUCAUUAUUCGUUCAAUUCUGAUGGGUCUUUAACCACCAACGGUGUGCCAAUGAAUGCCAUCAGCAAUCAUUCUGUAAUGGAAACAGUUUUUCUUGAAAUCCCUAAUGGAUUUGAUGUCAUAAGUUGUGUGGUGCAAUUUGCACAGCAAUUCGAGCUUUGUGUAACUGUGCUUACUGGCCACGGUCUCAUUUCUGAUGUUGAUAUUGCGUGUCCACCAGGUACAAUCCGUCCCCCAUGUGUUUCUACAAGCUUCCAGAUAAUUUCGUUAUCUGGGACUUAUAGUUAUUUGAAUGCUGCUUCUGGAGACAUUAUUAGUUCUUUCCAUGUGCAAUUUGUAGAUGCUGCAGGUAAUGUUAUGGGAGGACGGAUUAACUCUCAGAUGAAAGCAGCAAGUACUGUUAAGCUUGUUCUUGCCGUUUCUCCAGAAGUCUGA